AUCAUUUCAACUAUUUCCUUUGACUUUGUAACCUUAAUGCCAUUCUGUUACAUGUUAGUUUUUCAAUUUCUCUGCAAUCCAAUUUGAGGUUUUUCGGGUAUCACUUCACAUUAGUGCCGCCAGUUCUAAAAAUUUGGCGUUGACCCCAUUUUCUAUGUUCAUCAUGUUGCUUCCGAUUUACUUUACUAGCUGCCACGGAGUGUUGAUUUUGAGUAAAUGUUCGUGGGAUUUUCUCAAGUCACUGAUUAGGAAUUAGGAUCAUGGUGCAGAGUAUUUUUCUUUUUCUAGGUUAAAUGACCAAUCAGGUAGUUGCUAGACCAUUGCGGUGAUUCUAGAAGAAGUUACCAAUUAGGAUCAUCAUGUGUUUCUGAAGUAUUGGAAGACUUGAGAAGUGGAAGAUUCAGAUUGUGACUAAGAGCUAUUUGUUUUCCAGGGUAGAGAAUUUUGCUUUCUUGAAGACUGAGGAAUCAGGCCCAUGAUAUUCUGAUAUCUAACUGUAUUAGGAAGAUAAUGGGACGAACUUCACCAUUACUUAUCAUUUUUUUGGUUCUUGGUUCGUCCUUUGCCACGUAUAAUGUGGUAACGAUGCUAAUCCGCUAUGGAUCUUCAGAAGGUGUGGCCUUUAGUGAUGGUUUGUUGUUGUUUGAUCCCAUCAUUGAGAUGCCUGCACAUGCAAAGAAUCGGAAGGUGUCUAAGGCACCUUUUCAUGUCGCCCUAACGGCUACCGAUGCUCCAUACAACAAAUGGCAAUGCCGCAUCAUGUAUUACUGGUAUAAAAGGCAAAAGAACAUGCCUGGGUCAGAGAUGGGAGGAUUCACUAGAAUUCUACAUUCUGGAAAGCCAGACAACUUGAUGGAUGAAAUUCCCACUGUUGUGGUAGAUCCUCUUCCAGCUGGUAUGGACAGGGGAUAUAUUGUUCUAAAUAGACCAUGGGCGUUUGUACAGUGGCUGGAAAAGGCAACUAUUGAAGAAGAAUAUGUGUUAAUGGCAGAGCCAGAUCACAUAUUUGUACGUCCCUUACCCAAUUUGGCAUAUGGAGGACAUCCAGCUGCUUUCCCAUUCUUUUACAUCACGCCUGAGAAGAAUGAAAAAAUCAUAAGGAAGUUUUUUCCUGAGGAGCAUGGACCAGUUACAAAUGUAGAUCCAAUUGGCAAUUCUCCUGUAAUUAUCAGGAAGGAUUUAAUUGAAAAGAUUGCCCCCACAUGGAUGAACGUGUCUUUGAAAAUGAAAGAGGAUCCAGAGACUGAUAAAGCUUUUGGAUGGGUGCUCGAAAUGUAUGCUUAUGCUGUAGCUUCUGCACUGCAUGGAGUGCGCCAUAUUCUGCGUAAAGACUUCAUGCUACAGCCCCCAUGGGAUCUCUCAACUGAGAACAAGUUCAUAAUUCACUAUACUUACGGAUGUGAUUACAAUAUGAAGGGUGAGUUGACAUAUGGUAAAAUUGGUGAGUGGAGAUUUGACAAAAGGUCUCAUCUACGAGGACCUCCACCGAGGAACUUGCCCUUACCUCCACCAGGGGUUCCUGAAAGUGUGGUGACCCUAGUGAAGAUGGUGAACGAGGCAAGUGCUAACAUCCCCAAUUGGGACACAACGUAAAUAUUUUUCCUUUUUUUUUUCUUUUUCAUUUUUACCCUCUUUGUAUUGAAGGUACAUGUUUGGAAAAAGAAAAUGCAUAGCAGAUAUGUUAAGACUAAUUUUUUA